AUGUCGAAAGGCAUAUAUUCAGAAGAACUGAGGGCAGUGCCUCAGGACCAACGGCUGCGGUCAGAAGGUCAAUGGAGAGUCUGGAUAGGCCAUAUGCGGUCAGCAGCUCUCGCAGAGGAUGUUUGGAACUACCUGAAUCCAGAUCUUCCUGAAGAGAAAGUUCGACAGGUACCAGAGGCAGCUGAAGAGCCUAAGCCAAGCACUAUUCGAGAAGAUGUGGAAGACGAGUUUGACCUCACAGAGAAGGAAUACACCCAGUGGACUCGACGUAUUCAAGCGCAUGAUAGGCGUGAGGCUCAGCGAGUGCGCCUACUAAAGGUGAUGGCACGCAUGAACAGCCUUAUCACGCGCUCCCUCGCGUCCGAGUAUCACUAUCUCACCGUCGACGAAGUCUCGCCGUAUCAGAAGCUAGUCAGGUUAGCUCGUGAAUUCAAGCCAAAGCCAGAGACACGGACCGAAGAGCUUCGAGCCGCGUGGAGAGCCAUGAUCAAACAACCGGCGAAUAAUGUUGAUAUCAAUCACUGGCUCACUGAGUGGAAGAAUCUCUAUGAGGAAGGCCUUGCUGCGGAUGUACCUGAUAUCGCACACGGCGUUAACUACGCAAUUCGAGAUUUCCUCCGCGCCGUACAGCCGAUUGAUGACAUCUUCGCAUCGAGCUGGAUGGAUAAGAUCCUUACGCAGAAGGUAACCUUCCAAGAGGUUGCUUCAGCUUACAGGACACGACGGAUGACGUACCCGCUACAGAGAGUAGCUUCCAACGAUCAGCUACAGAGAGUAGCUUCAGACGAAUACACCUACCAGACACGCUGCCCAUGCGGAAACGCCCAGCACCACUAUAGCCAGUGA